AUGGUUUUUCCCCGUCCUAUUUCAGUUGAAGAAAUAAUUUCAGCAGCUGAGGAGGCCGUGCCCCCUAAGUUUGUACAGAAGAUCUCAAAUGUUGAUGUAGUCGAGGGAAAUCCUGCAUGCUUUGACUGUCAAAUUGUUGGUACACCACAACCUGAUGUGAGAUGGUAUAAGGAUGGAACAGAAAUUACACACUUGGCUGAUUACCAUAUUGUAAAUCGCUCAGAUGGAACCAACUCUUUAACCAUUCGAGAGACAUUUGCGGAGGAUAUGGGUCAGUACAGUGUUAAGGCUGUAAACAAAGCAGGCAGUAACUUUUGUGAGGCUCUGCUGACAGUUCAAGAUUUAAAUGAUAGUUGA